GACUUGUUUGUCAGUAGUUUUUGUGGAUUAUUGUUUUCCUAUGAAAAAACUGGAAAAAACGUUUAAUGAAUCGUGAAAAAAGUUGACGUGUAAUUAAAACAAUAAUUAUUGUAUUACAUUACAUGUGGCAUGUAAUCAAUCUACUGUUGCAAUAUGAAUCCCUAUAAGGACAUAGAAGAAAGUUCCUUCGCAGCAUCACCUCACUUAGCUUACGAGGACAUAGCAACGAAACUGCUGAAAGAUCAUUACUUCCUGACUGCCUUGGAGCUGCACACAGAGCUUGUCGAGAGCGGUAAAGAAUUACCGCAGCUCAGAGAAUUCUUUUCAAAUCCUGGCAAUUUUGAGCAACAUGUUUCUAGAGCAUCUGAAUUCUCGUCGAUGCAUCGGACGCCAAGUCAGGCCACUCUUGACUCCCUGGAUACUGCCCGCUACUCGGAGGAUGGGGGUGGUGACAGAGGGGGCAGUGGAGGGGAUGUUGCAGUUCUAGAAUUUGAACUGCGCAAGGCUAGAGAGACUAUCAACUCUUUGAGAGCCAACCUCACACAGUUUGCUGAUGGUGAAUCAACACUAGACAAAAGUUCUAAAGAUUUAUCGGACCAUCGUUCCCUGAAGCCUCAUGAGAAGAGAGCCCUAAACUUUCUGAUCAAUGAGUACCUCCUCCUACAGGAUUACAAACUCACUUCCAUCACGUUUUCUGAUGAAAAUCCAGAUCAAGAGUUUGAAGACUGGGAUGAUGUAGGCCUCAACAUGCCGCGACCAGCGGGCCUAGUAUCUUUAUUCCGCGGUAACACUUCGAGUAUCAGUCCCGCUAAAGUAGACGUAUCUACGGAAAUGGACUGGUCAUAUGCAGAUAUUGAAUGUCAGACUGAAUUUGAUGAAGGAAAUGUGUGCGUCAGCUGUCAGACGUCCAUAGAUCAUGAGACUGAUUGGAGCCAUGAGCUCCUCAUCCAAGCUGAAGAGAUAGAACUAUUAAAACAAAAAGUAAUAGCAUUAGAAACUGAAAAGCUGAACUUCCAAAAAUUAUAUGAUGCUGCCAUAGUCAGUCUCAACUCACUCACAAGCCCUGCCUCUGAGGGCAAAGGCCUAGACCUUCAAAUACCUGAAGACAAGCUGCUGUCAGUACAGAGGGUGGAACAAAGUGUGGAAGCUAAACCUAUUACGUGUACUGCGUCUGAGAAUCACUAUGGAAGUGGCAAUUCUACUCACAGUGCUACGCCAGAGCAGUUUGAGAUGAUUGACAGUGAAAAAAAUAGUGCUAUAACACGCAAAGGUUCGAACAUAAGUUCGUUCGAGGCGGGCGGCGUGGGCGACAGUCAGCGCGCGUCGCCGCUGCGCCGCGGCAGCGUCACCACGCUCGACGAGACGCUCAGCAUCAACGACGCCGAGUGGACACGAGUGCAGUACGACUAUAAUAGCAUCGAGAUUAAUAGCAAGGAGAUGUGGAUUGAUAGUGGUAUUCCGAACGGACUGAAAGUAUCGAUAUUAAACUGGUGCUGUGAAACACUGAAUCUGAACGAGCCGCUCGCUAAUGACUUGCUCGCCGAGCUGGUGAAUAGCGACAAGCCUAUCACCCUGCCGGGCUUGCUGAACCUAGUUGCCGAUACUCUGCCACGGCUACUACCCCACACGUUAGUAGCACGUCGCGGGUCAGCGGCGGCGCUAGUGGCAGCGGCGGCCGCGUUGUUGCCGGCCGGCGGCGCCCGGCGGGCGCGGGUGCUACAUGCACUGCUUACACUCGUGAAGAAACCCGAUGCUAACGAUACUAGGGCUAUUUGUGAAGCAACCUGCCUUGUAGUAAAAUGGGGGGGCAGUGGCGAAGUUUUAUCGACAAUAGCCGAACUUCUAGCUUCCCGCUCUACGGAGCGAAGAGUUUUAGCCAGCCAAGUGUGCAUGGCCAUCGCACCAUACGUACCUAUCGAGUUAUGCACAUCACUACUUUUGAGUCUUGUGGUACUUAUGUGCGAGUCCAAUGAACUCGAAAUUAGAACUCUUGGACUCAAAUCAGCUUGUUUAAUAUGUCCGGUGGCCGAACAUAAGUACAGUCAACUAGAGAGUUUGAUGUUCAACUUCUUAAAGGAUCCCGUUGAGAAGUGUGUGAAGGAUACUGUGAAUAUUUUUGUGCCUGUACUCGCUAGGACUGCUUUGAUUGCUGGUAAAUUCUCAACGGAUUUAUGCAGUCGAAUAAUGUCGAAUUUAACCAAAGCGUGCAGUGAUAACGAAUGGAAGACUGUUCUCUUAUACUUAGACGUGAUGCGAGUGUUAGUGUUAGCCGAACUGGCUUACGUAGUCAAUGUACAAAUAGUUAGGGAUGUGACACUCGGUAACUGUGAUACUCAAACUGUUAAUUUACAAGAAGUUCCGCUGGAGGAACAGGAAUAUUUUAUGGAUCUACAGUGUUACGUCACUGAUGGUGUAGACUCGAAGAUUUUGUUGGUAGCGGCGAAUAAUAUUGUUAAGGAGAAGCCUGAGGUUAGAUGGGCGGAGUUAAGUUGGUUUAUUAGCACAUUAAAACAAAUUCUAGAAGUGGCCACAAAUACAAAGGUUCUAAGUCACACAUUGAUAUACGAACUGCUUAUAUCAGUGGUCAGUAGUUACGUGGACAAUUUUGGCAUACAAUUCACAAGGCAUAUACUGAAACCUAUAUUUAAUGAUGCCAUAUCUGAGUUAGAACAUAAGAUGGAAAAACUACACCCUGUGAAUGUCGAUACUACUAUAAUAGUUGGAAUAUAUUUGGUGACUAUAUUACCUGCGCUCGAAGAUACGAUACAACAUGGAGAAUUUUUGCAAAAGUGGAUCUUAUACAGCAGCAUCCGCGGCCUGCCAGUCAAGAUAUUCUCCGUGCCGCUGAAAUGGGUGGUGGAGCACAGGGAAGACUCACUCGAUUUCUAUUUACAACACCUAAGGGAGUUCGCGGCUAGCAGUUGUGAGAGUACGAGCGGCAGUACCGUCCGUAUGUACAUCGCGAAUAUCAUCACGGAGCUGGUGAACGCGACAGACCUCAACGAGAAGUGCAUCGAGCGACAGGUGUUACCCGCCGUCAUGGCGCUACUGCAUGAUGAAGAUGGUUCGGUCCGCGAAGAAGCAAUAUCCUCGUGGGGUAGUGUAACCCGCACAUGUCUGAUCCGUGGCCUCGACAGCGAGGCGCAGUGCUGGCCGCCCGUCGAGGACAUGCUCGGCAACCAGGCACUGACUGGCAAAGAGUCUGCCAGGAUAGCUGAGGCGUUGGCAAUAUUAGUACUGCCCACAGUGGAUAAUCAUGCUGUUUCGGAAAAAGCGGUGUCGCUACUAUGUGUGGUGUGUCGGGGGACGCUAUCCCGGGAAUGCCUCGCCGCGCUUACUCCGGGAUUACAACUCGCCGUACAUCAUUGUAGGCAUCAUCCCGCGUUGUUGCCUGCACUAAGAAAACUAGAAGAAAGCGUCCAAUCACCUCCUUUAUCCCAAUACAAGGCCGCUAUAGAAGCCCUAAUACACAACAUAGCCGGACCUGGGACACCCGGGGACACGACACGCGAGCCUCCGCCGCGACACAAUACCAACUUACAGGCCGCCCAAGAAGUAGGCAGAAGAGUCACGCAAAUGUUCCAGCAAUCCAAAUCUAAUAUGAAUAUACCUAACAUAUUUAAGAAGAAAACAUAACAGUAAAACUGGUUAGCAAAGAGGAGAAAUUUAGUACCAGUAAUUACGUAAACAACGGGUAUGUCCUAAAGGUCGUUGAAUUGUAGAAGUGAGAGAACCCAGUUGAAAUUGAAUGAAAUUUUCGAUUCAUACGAAAGGGAUGUUCUGAUGGGGAAGCCUUUCUAAACUAAGUGCAAUAUAAGAGUUCUAAUAACUCUGUGAAAGUGAGGAAUGAGAUAUUUUUUUCUGGUGGAAAAGUAAAUUGAAAUUUCCUGAAAAGAAAAUAACAUUAUUUAUGGGUGGUCGUUAGUGGCAUAAUGCAAUGAUAAGUUAUUUUUAAAAAAGAUCACGUCUCUUAAAAUAUGACGAUAUUAUUAUAGCAAAAUGUAAUGUUACUUUCAAAGUAAAUAAAUAGUGAAACAGAUACAUGAAACUCGUAAUUGCGAGGUAGAUCCAUAAAACAUUGUUUACAUUAAAGACUAACAUACGAGUAUAUGUAAACAGGAAAAUGGUUCAUAUGAAAAUCACCAGAUACAACUGUUUCUGAGUGUUGUUAACAAUAAAACAAAUUCCGUUAUAUGCCAUAAACAUUUAGUUUUAGUCAAAUUUUAAAGUGCUUUAACUCGUUCAUGACAUAAAAUAAUCUCCAAAAUGCGCAUUUUAGAUCCUUUUGAUGUUACUAUUGUAAGUCAUUUGAACGAAACUUUUCAUUCCUAAAUGAUAUUAACACUUUACCUUAUUAUCGUUUUUAUCAAAGAGUAUUAUUUGAAUGAGCAUUUAGGUAAUCUGAACAAAGUUUUUAGUUACAGUCAUGUUUCGUGAUGAAAAAUCAUGUAAAAUGCAAGUCAAUUCGCUAGUAUUUUGUGUUAGCGGUUGCUGAUAAUAUUGUGUCAAUGUCCUCCACUUGAUAGUACAGGACAUUGCAGUAUGUACAAUAUCAAUACUGGUUAAUAAAAACCAUCGCUAACAUAUGUACCUGAGUAUCAAUUAUAAAUUACAAUAUGCAGUUUAAAAACAAUAAGCUUCGUGAUAACUUAUCGGACCGUUAAGUUUUACUGAUUCUUACCUGGGUCUUCUGUAAUUUCGAAUUAGGACACAAUUUACUGCCUUGAUUUAACUUCCAAAUAUUAAAAUGCACGUUUAAUUAGUACUCUUUUGAAAAGUACUUAAUUAGUAUUAUUUAGUUGUUGUUUUAGCUUAGGAUAGUACAAAUUAUUGCAAUAUAUAUCUUGUUAUGACUUUUUUUAUUUAAUAUUUCCAAAAUACAAUGUAUUUGUACUUAAUUGUGAUUGUAUAAAUGGAUCAUUAUCUGUGCCUAGGAUUAGUCCUAAUUAUGUCUCUUUCAUGGUGUCGCGUCGAGGUGUUACUAAAUAUGUAUAUAUAUAGUGUAUCAAAAGCUAAAGAUAUUCGCCAUAUAAAUACUUUAAAGGGGUAAAAAUUUACAGGUUUUAUUAUAAGCAUGGUAAAACUAUUUUCGGCUAUCUAAAUUGAUAAGGUCUCGAACAUUAAACUAAUUAUAUCAGAUCUAUUAAUUCACCUUUAGCUAGUAUGGUGCUUCCCCCCUAAAAUAAACGUAUUCUCUUUGAAUGUUUAUCUAACCAUGAACACAUGUGAUAACUUACCUUCUUCAAAUACUUAAGAAAAUACUCGAAUUACCUAAAUUGUAACGCUAUAUGUCGUGUAUAUAAAAUCAAGAUACUUUUAAUUAUUUAUUAUAUUCAGUGUAUAGUAGGUAGGAAAUCCUCGCGCAUGCUACCUUACUAAGUACUGGUUAAAUAGUCGAAUCUCAAGCGUAAAUGUUAUUUACUAGGCUUUAGCGUAGUACGUAUGUUGUAUGUUAUUGAAACACCUAGUUGAAUGAGAUGGCAAACAAAGUGCUUUGUAAUGAAUUAAUGACACAUCAGUGAUUGGAAGAUUAACGUUAUUGGAGGUUGUGUUAACAUUUGUGAAAUAUAUAAAUUUUAUUUUAUA